AUGUCUUCCAUUCUCUCUCUCUCUCUCUCUCUCUCUCUCUCUCUCUCUCUCUCUCUAUCUCUAUCUAUCUAUCUAUCUCUCAAUCUUCCAUUAAACGCAAUUUUUAAUGCAAGAAAGGUCACGUCUCAACAUGCCCGUUACGCUUUUGUAGUUGAGAAACUUCCCUCAGAUGUAGCAGACCUCCUCAGUGAAGUGCCGGCGGAGAAACCGUAUGAUACUUUGAAAGAUGCUAUACUAUACCGCACGGGCGAAUCAGAGGAACGUCGGUUGCACGAUUUGUUUAACAACCUUCAUUUGGGACACUAUAAACCUUCCCAAUUGCUUAGAAAGAUGAAAGCUUUACUAGGUGACAAUACCAUGUCUGACACAGUCCUCCGUAAACUAUGGAUGGAUAAACUGAGCCCACAAACAUCACAAAUAUUAGUGUCACUCCCGGACGAUUUGGACCUACAGCGAUUGGCAGAAAUCGCGAACAAAAUAUAUGAGAAUAAACCUCCAGGAACUGUUUCUGCGACACCGUUACAACCUAUUGUCUCUUCAGUCCGUGACUCACAAGAUUUAUCGAAAAUUAAAGAUUGUAUAGCAGAGCUUACCUCACAGUUACAAGCUCUACAAACCGCUAUGCAUCAGCAAAAUCGCACGCCCAACAAUUUCACUAGUCGACCACGUCCAUCACAUCAUACUAGGCGAAGAUCACGUUCCACAUCCAGAAGCAGGCCUAUAUUUAAUACCUGUUGGUAUCAUUUUAAAUAUGGACAACAAGCGCGGCAUUGUACGAAACCGUGUAACUUCGACAUAAAUGCAGCUAAGGAUAACAACACACAGCAGUCGGGAAACGACUAUCCCGGCAACAAGCGAUCUUUUCCGUGGGUAUUCACGAUAGCCCAAGUUCGAACCCCAAUCCUAGGAGCGGAUUUCCUCGCCCAUUUUAACUUGUCCGUUAAUAUGUCUUCCUUUUCUUUGGAGGAUAAAACGACCAACAUUACAAGGAAAGGAAUUACAUCUAUUUAUACGAACACAUGUAUCAGCGCAACUCUACCUGAAGCCAACGGAAUGCAGGAUCUGUUAGAAAAAAAUUCUCAAAUUACAACACCAUUCCGGUAUACAGAAACCGUUCGUCACAAUGCUGGCGAAAGACGAGGUUCAGCACAUGCUGGACCUCGCUAUAAUUAG